GCAUGCGUUCUUCGUGUCGUCCUAAAACGCCUGCCUCUCUCUAGUCUUCCCCGUCUCCGCCAUUUGUAGAAACAAAAUCAGAAAUCUCCUCUUUCUCUUUCUCUCUCUCUCGAUAAAGUCAAUUCAAUUAAACAAUUCGGAUAUCCUUGUAUACAUUUACAGGCUUUUGUAUCUCGUAUCUGGCUUUCUAUCACGAGAAAAAAAAGAGGAGAGAUGGGGCAGAAGAGAGAUCUGUCAAGAGCGCAGAUGCUGUCUGGGUUCGUGAGGAGGCAGUCGAUGAAGGUGAAAAUUUUGAUGGGAGUUACGUUAUUUUUAUGUGCGUUGGUGGGUUUGAGGUUGUUGGUGAAAGACAACAUAAGACACUUCUUUGUUGCAGCCGAGGUGGUUCAUGCGGCUGGGAUCUUGGUCUUGAUUUACAAGCUCACUAAGACAAAGACCUGCUCUGGUCUUUCACUCAAGUCUCAAGAACUCACAGCUAUAUUUCUAGCUGUACGAUUGGCUUGCAGCACCAUGAUAGAGGCAGACAUUCACACGGUGCUAGAUUUCGCCACCAUUGUUUCGACUGGGUGGGUUAUUUAUAUGAUACGUCGUAAGUUGAAGGCCACUUACAUCAAGGAGCUGGACGAUAUGCCCAUCUACUAUUUGUUGGUACCUUGUGCUAUUCUGGCUGUAAUUAUACACCCUUAUACACAUCAUUCAAGGAUUAGUCGAAUUAUGUGGGCAUUCAGUGUCUUCUUGGAAUCUGUUUCAGUCGCACCUCAACUUCGAAUGAUGCAGAAGGCAAAGAUGAUAGAACCAUUUACUGCGCAUUAUGUAUUUGCUCUUGGUGUUGCAAGAUUCUUUGCUUGUGCUCAUUGGAUAAUCCAGAUUUAUGUAACCCGAGGAACGUAUUUAUUCUUCAUUACUGCCGGAUACUUCUGGUUCCCAGUAGCUCUCCUCGCAGAAAUUGUUCAAACAUUCAUCCUUGCUGACUUUUGUUACUAUUACGUAAAGAGUGUCAUGGACGGCCACCUUAUUUUACGCAUGCCUAUAUAACAUUUUGAUCUAGUAAAAUCGAAGAGGAUUAUGAUGUACAUUUCAAAUUCACUUUUUUGAAUCUUAAUUUUUUAGCAAAAAUAUAUAUGGGGACUUUGGUUCUAGUCCUGCCCAAUUGGGACUAUAAUCUCCUCUGCUUGUUUUUCUAAUUCAAUUGAUUACUUUCUCUCUUUGAUAUGAUUUC